AUGCAGCUGAAAACUGAAAAGUGGUGAGUCUCUUGAUUUAAGUACUUAACACAAAAUCACAUGCUUUCUUUCCAUCCAAAAAUCAGAAAGAAAUUAUCAGUACGAAAAAUGGAGUAAUAAACGAUGAUUUUAGGAAGAGAGAAAGAAAUGAAGUGCCUAUCUUCGCAUGUGAUGAUGAUUCCCUAUAGUUAGACUAUACAAAGACAUGUUUUUGCAAACAGUUCCUAGACACAGAGAAAAAAAGUUUUAACUAUCAACAGAAGAAGUGGAAAAGAUGGAACUAGAAUAUAAGCCGUUCCAAGUUGUCUGAUGAUGUGUCCGGGGCGAUAUAUUGAGAAAGGAAGGAUUUGGAUGAAGAAAGGAUUCCCAGUUGUUGUCAUGCGACCGCUUUGUUAUAUAUAUAUAAAUCUCGUUGGCAUUUUCAGAUUGUGCGGGGAUGAGCAUGAUUAGAAAAAUAUUGAGAAUAUAUAGUGAGUGGGCUGAUGUCUGAGACACAAAUCUUCAAGAUAUCACAUGUGUCUUUGGUUUACAGGGAACUCUCAUCACUAAUCAACCAAAGGUUCACAACAUUUGCUCUGUCCCUAUCCUUCCGCCGUGCUUCCACCUCUAAAAUGGUUUGUGUCUGCUAGUGCCAACAUUAUUUCUCUUCGCCGUUCGCGACUUGUUUGUUCAGUACGCGCGAGAGAGAAAGAGAGAUGAUGCAUAGAAGGGUCAGGAAAGUGUUUGCCAGGUAGAUGCUCUACUCGUUUGCGUGUGCCCGCGUUGCCAACGGUCAGCUGUGAUUUCAAUUUAUCAGUUGGCAGUGCGGUCCUGCCGUCGAGUGUUUCAAACGGCAAUUGGACUCUAUUCUCGCGAUUUGCCGCCCGGCCGCUUCCGGCACAGUUUAAAGUUGUAUUAGUCCUUGAUUUAUCCUGGAAUAUUUGUCCGCAGAACCAGAACCAAGUUUCCCAAUUCAUUUGAAAGAAGGAAACUUGUCAAAUUCAUACGUGCGUGUUUGUGUACUUUCAAACGCAUCUGUUAAACAUUAUUGAACUUGCUUAGUCGCGUUUGCUCUGAAUAUCUUGUGUCUUUCUUUUCAUCGCUUUCAAAUCAUGCCGAACUACGACUUAGUACGCAAAUUAAUAGAAUUUACACUGAUAAAAACACUUUCUUUGCACUUGAAAUAAUUGUUUAUCAAGUGAGGCUUUUAAAAUUUGCAGUUUUUCGACCACUCGGUUAAUGUAAAAAUGUUUUUCCCUCCACAACUUGAAAAUUUAUCACUAAACAUCUCAUUCUAUUUACAGCGAGUGCAUGGCGACGGAACGAGACGGCGGCGGAUGCCUCCGAGUGGCCGUUUCCAUAUUUUCUGUGUAUUACUGGGUAGUUUUUGUACACAAACCAAGUGUGCAAAACCCAAAGAAAUGCAUUCCAGGUUUCUGCACUCGGACACAUUUUCCUUGGACUCUGGAUGCUUCUCGACCCGAAAAGAAACUACAUAUUGGAUCUAGUUCACUUCUCCGAAAAUGACCCACUGCUGGUUGGUAAAAAAAAAAGUUUAUUCAGACCCAGAAAUAAGGUUUACAGAAAGCGUCUGCAUACGUGUCUCUUGUGGCUGGAUCCGCCCAACUUCUCGUCGGAUUUCUCGGACUAUGCGGGGCAGUCAAUAGAAGCAGAUUCUUGUUGAUAAUGGCAAGCGAAACAGUUUUUCAAAUUCAAAACACCAUACUUUCUCAGUUCAUCAUGUUCCUGGUGUGCACUUUCCUUGCUGACGUGGCAAUGGGAACUCUAUCACUUUUCUACAAAGACAAGGUUAGUGAUUUGGAUGCUUUUUGUUGGUUGUUGUGGUUUCUGUUUAUUUGAUGCGAAGGAGAAUAGCAGAUGCAUCAAACAGAUGGUAACGGCCGGCACAAAAUGAACAACAUCUGGUUGCGACAGGACUGUUUUGUUUUCAAUUCGAAAUUGGUUCAAUGCGGGGAUUCCACCACAAGACAUUCGAAAAUUCAAUUAACACGGUAACCGGCUAACGGUAACUUUGCAGUUCUCUAACAACUACAUGGAAGUGUACUUGAAAAACCUAACAUUCAACCGUUAUUCACGUGAUCGUUGGGUGUUGCCGUUGAUGGAUACCAUCCAGUUCUAUGUGAGUUUUUCCCCAUGUGUCUGUGGGUGUGUGUGUGUGUGUGAGAUUGAGUGACUAUCUGUCACAAGUCAGAGAAUUCAGGCGUUUUCGGUGAAAGAGAAUGUGCGCGAGAUAGUCAAAACUAAGUAUGGCGUGAAUUUGGAUGAACCUGAAAACAAGAUGGUGACAGAGUUCAUUGAUAAACUUCAGUUUUAUGUAAGAACCGGAUUUUCCACUCAAUCAUCCAUAAAGAAUGAUUGAACAGGAAAAGUGUUGUGGAUCCCUAGGCCCUUCCGAUUACAUUGGCAGCCGUUGGUCUCAAUCGACGAACCUUGACUCGGAAGAAAUAGAAGCACCCCUAUUUCCAGUGUCCUGUUGUACACAAAUAAUGGGCGCCUCUGCAUUAAACCCGCUCGCUAAAAGUUAUGCUCGUUGUCAGCAAUUCGGUGCCAAUAGACAAUGGAGACACUCAUUGGUGAGGCCGCCGCGAGGGCAACGUGUGUCCGAUUUGCCCCCCCGAUUUUUGAUGUAAUAGCUCGCGUUCCCAACUCCCCAACUAAUGAGUGAUUCUUGCUGAGUGUAAAAUGAAGAGUGAAUGACAGACAGAGUGGUGUGAAACUAACAAAUGAGAUGUUUAGCACCAAUGUUGCGGAGGAGAAGGACCCAUGGACUACAAGGACUCGUUCUGGUACAUCACCAACACCUUAAGAGGAACCAGAUCGUUCGUGCCGCCAUCUUGCUGCAAACAGGCUCAGAUCGGUAGAGCAUGGGCUCCCGUUCCCAUCGAUCCGAUGUGUACUACAUAUGGUUACCUAUCCAAAGCAUUUGACUCUUCAGUAAACAAUGUUGUGAGUGUGGAGUGUCGUGUUGCCGUGCCGUGUAUAGGGAACAAGAAAACACUAACGUCUUACAGGGAUGUAGCGACCGCUUGCAAUCAUGGUUCAAUGAGCAGAUUUGGAUUUUCGUAGGCUUUGGUUUUGGCUCUGCUCUCACUAUGGUACAUUGACAACGGAACAUUUUAAAAACUGAAAAUCCGGUUUCAGAUGCUGGGUAUCUGUCUCACGUGCUGCCUCAUCUCGCGCAUCCGCAUCUACCAUGUCAUCAGAGAUGAUUACUAG